AUGACGAGGCGCUCGUCGUCUGUUGAUGUCGGUGGUAAAUCCUCCCUCGAGCUGCAAAACCCAGAUGCCGAGUCAGAACACCGCCUCAAUGGCUUAAUAUCCCGGCAACCAUCGACUUCAAGGCAACUCAGCGGCGUCUAUUCGAACCAGGCGAAUGGCCACCAGCACCCUACCAGCCAUGCAGCAGUCGCAUCCUUUUCACCACUAUCGCUCCCUACUUCGUCGCCCAGUAUGACCACGACCAAACAGCCGCCCCUAGCCAGCUCGGGGGCGCGCAAUCGCAGUCUGUGGUUCAUGUCGGUUCUGUCCUUUUUCGUUGCCACGGCUGGUGUUGGCCUCUUGUUCGCUAUCUUUCGGUCGCUCACGACACGCCAAAUUGAGCCUAAAGGAUGUCGAAUGUCGUAUAUGCGACCUUCCUACAUUCACUUCUCCGAAUUCGAUACUGAACACACCCGUUUUGCAAGCAAAUACUCUCUGUAUCUCUAUCGCGAGCAAGGGAUUGAUAGCGGUCAGUUGCGCGGAAUUCCGGUUCUCUUCAUCCCAGGUAAUGCCGGAAGCUACAAGCAAGUCCGGCCAAUUGCUGCAGAGACUGCCAAUUACUUCCAUGAUUACCUUCAGCAUGACAGUAAUCAGCUAGAUUCUGGCAUAAGGACUCUUGAUUUCUUCACCGUCGACUUUAAUGAAGACAUCACCGCAUUCCACGGCCAGACCUUACUUGACCAAGCUGAAUAUCUCAACGAAGCCGUCCGAUACAUUCUUUCGCUCUACUCUGAGCCACAGAGAGCCUCUCGAGAUUCGCAUCUACCAGAUCCGACGUCCGUCCUAAUUCUUGGACAUUCAAUGGGAGGAGUUGUCGCAAGGGCAAUGUUGGUCCAACCAAACUACCAGGAGAAUUCGAUUAAUACCAUCAUUACAAUGUCAGCACCGCAUGCACGCCCUCCAGUUACAUUCGACGGCCGGAUCGUUCAAAUCUAUGAUGAAAUCAAUGAUUAUUGGCGGCGUGCGUAUACCCAAAAAUGGGCCAGCAACAAUCCGCUGUGGCAUGUCACUUUGGUAUCGAUCGCUGGUGGAAACUUGGAUACUGUCGUACCGUCUGAUUAUGCCAGUAUUGAAUCGCUUGUGCCCGAAACUCAUGGAUUCACUGUUUUUACGUCGGGAAUACCAACGGUAUGGACAAGCAUGGACCAUCAGGCGAUUCUCUGGUGCGAUCAGUUUCGAAAGGUGCUGGCCCAAACUUUGUAUAGCAUCAUUGAUGUUCACCGAGCCUCUCAAACGAAACCCCGAGCACAACGGAUGAGAGUCUUUAAGAAGCGACUUUUGACUGGUUUGGAAACGAUUGCCGAGAAGACUCUGUCUCUAAAUGAGCCGACAAUCCUCCUUACUUUGGACGACUCGUCUAGUACGGUAGUGCCAACCGGGGGCCGGCUAAUCCUCUCACAGCUUGGUUCUGAGGGUACGCCGAAGGCCUAUCUCCUUCCCGUGCCGCCUCAUGGAUCUCCUGAGCCAAAACGCUUUACUCUGCUGACUGAUGCUCAACUUGGCGCCCCUAUCGAUGGCAACCGGCUGCAAGUCCUCUUGUGCAGCGUUUCCCCCGUUCAACACACGAGUGUCAAUUCGUUCUUUUCCUCCACGAUAGAUCUAUCGAGGAACGGUACUACACCGACGAAGUUAGCAUGUAAGGAUGCCGCGUCUGACACGGUCCUCCUCCCAGCUUCGACAACGAAUAUUCAAGCCCCUUUCUACCUGGACGGAGAAUCCCAGAUAUAUCCUUUUUCAUAUUUACAAUAUGACGCUGAGCAUCUCUCUGAUCAUCAGUUUGUUGCCGUCAUCGAUAGAGCAACGCAAAUCAGCCAAGGCUUUGCUGUUGCAGAAUUUAGCGAUCACUCUUCCUUUCAAAAGAAGGAAGACAUCAGCCUCACUCGUCUUCUGACAUUUGGUCUAUCAUUCCGGCUGCCCGCUGGUCGCCCUAUCGCUAUGGAUAUCAAUAUUCCGGCCCUCAAAUCAAGCCUGAUAGCCUUUGAUAUGGCCCUACGAAUCGAAAUAUUUUGUCAAUGCUGGGGCGACCGGGAUCAGCUUCCACGGUGUCGCCCCAUACAUGCCACCCCCAUUAACGCCGCCUGGUGCCGACGGCCUAGCUUUUGGGAUAUGGUCUGA